GAGAGCGCCGAGGGGAGCGUGCGCCUGGACACCACAGGGCUUUAAAAAGGACUAAAAGUACAUUUAAGAGCUGUUACAAAGUGCCUAGAACUGAAGGCGUAAUGUUUUACCAGUAGUCAGGUAAGUUUGACCACAAAAAAUACGCUUUUGGAUACUUUUUGUUUCUUCGAUCGCAUGAGAUGAAAUAAAGGAAGCUAACCUUUUUCUUUGGCUAACACGCUAAUGUUUUGCCAAAGUGCUUCCCAUAACGCAUCGCCUGCGGCUCUGUCAUAAACUUUCUGUCGCUGCAUAAGGGACUGGGGCCCGUUCGGGAGGAUGUCCACUCCAAGUAACUCUCUGCAGCAGCCCCGGGUGAGGCGCAGCACUGCGGGCUCCCCGGGCUCGUUCAACAACAGCAGCUGCCGGCUGCACCCCAUGCGCGCCACCGUGCCCUUUCAGCUCCUCUGCGGAGGUCAGGCCAGUCCCCCACGACUGCAGGCUGUCCCCGGGGGCGCCACGAACAGCAGGGGCUCCAGUCCCCCCUCCAGCCCGACGCUAAGCCCCGGAAACGCACAACCCAAGCAGCAGAGACUGUCCCCUGAAAACAAGGACUCCAUCUGUCCUCCAGACUCUCCAGUGUCCAGAGAAAGGUCCAAGUUCCCUCUCCGGAGUUGCAGUGCGAUUUGGCGAACGUCUUCUCUGGAUGCAAUCACGGGGCCGUAUCUCACAGGACAGUGGCCCCGGGACUCACAUGGACCCUACCCCUCCUCUAUGAAAGACAAGGCCACACAGACUCCAGGCUUGUGGGUGGAGGAAACGGCAACAGAACAGGGGGCUCCUCACCAGCGCUCAGCGUCAUGGGGCAGCGCCGACCAUCUCAAAGAGCAGAUCGCCAAACUCAGACUGCAGCUGCACAGGAGCAAACAGGUGAACCGGGGCCGAGAGAGGGAGGGACAUAGCGCCUCCUCUGGACAAACACAGCACAAGGGGGCGCCCUCCUCAACAGUGCCAAAGCCCCUGAUCAGUAGAGUGCCCAGCAGCGUGGAGGCCAUCAACCAUGAACUGGAGAAUGUCUUCAUCCGAGAGGAGUGGGAGCACAGUCCACAGUGUCUGGAUGUAUUGGACGGUCGGCGAGCCCCUUUCCCUCCCCUCCGUCUCAGUGCAGAGACCCGUGACACAGACACACAGGCGCCCUCUAGUGGAGACUCCUCUCCUCUGCCCAGCAGCCCUGAGCACGGCAGUCCCUGCUCCACUGAGGAUACGGACAAAGACAGUCUGUGCUGCUCUCCUCUGCCCAAGUUUGCUACUUCCCCCAAACCCAACAACAGCUACAUGUUCAAACGAGAGCCUCCGGAGGGCUGCGAGAGAGUCAAGGUCUUCGAUGAGCUCGGGUCCGGUCAGUCCAAAGGCUUCCCUCUGUUCUCCUGUCCGGAUAAAAACAAGGUCAACUUCAUCCCCCGCGGCUCCGCCUUCUGUCCCGUCAAACUGCUGUGCUCCUCCCUAUUCUCUCCAAUCCCGCCUCCCGGGCCCAUGUUGACCUCUGACCCCACCUCCUCCGCUGACCCCGAGAACGGUGCAGGGGAGGUGGCCGAUGUAUCGCUGUCACGCACCGCCCGUUAGAUUGAACCAUGACUGAGAAACAACCGACAAGGGCCAGCUGGACGUUUCAGCACUCCACGCACUCUGAUGACCGGCCACUAGGGGGUGUAGAGAGUUAAAGGAGACAUGUUAUGCUCUUACAAGUGGUAUUUCUUGUUUAUUACUGUUUAGUAAAAAUAACUGUAUCCAAAUGCAGCAAUUUUUCAUUCAUGUGUGGAUUGUGGAUAUGAUGCCCUCUGCUGGUGACAGUGGGUAGUGAAAUAUUUUGAGAGCGCAAGUUGGCAGCAUUGUUAGAGAUGCUAGAGAUACAGUAGAUGAUUUUUAAGGCUUUGUUCACACUUGCCACAUACACAAACCUCAUCAGGACUAAAGCAAGUCUACAUCAGAACUAAACUGAUCUAAACUAAAUGUAUAAAGCUUUAUUUGAACACUUGAGUGCGAAGAGAUAACGGCACAAAACAAGACCACACAGCUCUCUUAUGUUCUCUUAAGUGCUGCAAGUGUGUUUGUAGUAAAUUUACAUUACCAAAUUUUGGGAAAAUAAUCAAAAUCUCAGCAGAGUCCAUACUGGUCGAUCUCUACUCCAAAAAAUCACCACUACUCUUUUAUCGACAGGUAUCCAUAGAAGGGUCCAACGGAGCAGAACUUUGCUGUAAUGAUGUUUACAGUGACGUACCAUAUUGGGGCAGGUUGAAAGUCGUUUUAGAUGAAUAUUGCGAGUUAACAUGUCCAAAUUAUAACAUAAUGAUCCACAGGUGUCAUAAAUCAUAAGUACAUGACAGAUACGAGCGCAGUAUGUCUUAUUUAAUCCACGUGUACAUUAUGAGAAUAUGACUGGUGAAGUUGUAAGGACUUGAACAGCAAUAUACUACACAAUAUAUGAUUUUCAGGUACAUAAAAACACAGUACCAUGGUUAAAACUCAAAUACCACUUCAUCGUAACAUGUCUCCUUUAAAAACUCACGGCCUCACUUGUUUCACUUGUUUUGUACAGUGCGUUUACAUUUCUCUUUGUAUUCCAGUUACAUUCAUACUGAAAUUACUAAAACAGGUGUGGGUGAUUUUAAACUGUUCUUUAUGUCAGAUGCCCAACCUGAAGCAAUUUAUUUAUCCAGGCUUAAAACGGGAACAAGUACAGUCCUUUACAUUCCAAGCCAAAGAGCAGGACACUGUCACCCCGCCCAUGGAUACACUGCUACGUCCGACAAUGCUGUCUUCUUAAAUUAAUAAAAUUAAUUGUUGGAUUUUUCAUGCUGUGGGUGGUAAUGGUGCAGCAAGUUUUACAUUUGUCUAAGAAAGAUUACCGGUUCAGUUCCCUCCCAAGGAUUUACUGUCACAGGGUAUAUUUACAAAUAAAUCUGAUCAUAAUCUAUAGUAUAAUAUCUAUUCAUUGAUUAUAAUUAUAUCACUCGAUAAUUUAUAGUCCUACGAGAUUACUAAAGUGUCAUAACAGUUACGUCUGAUGUGAGUAAUCUGAUUUCUUUCUGAUUGUUCAAGCCUGUGCAGAUUUUGACAAGGAAAAAAACGGCAAAGACAAAAAUGAAGGAGAAAAGUUUUUUUUUUUUAAAUUCAUUGUGCUUUGCCAUUUAGUCUUAAAAUGUAAUUAUGAUCAGAUUUCUUUUGUGCAUUUAAAUACAAACCAUAAAUCAGAUCAAAGUAUUGGGUUAUCUGAUUAUUGUAAUGAUCUGAUUUGUAAAUGUACCCUUUGUGUCCUUGGGCAGCACACUUCACCGCAAACAUUUCCAGUUUCAGACACAGUAACAGGGCUGAUUGUGACAGGAAGGGCAGCCGGCAUAAAAAAACACUGGGAUACUUGGAUGGCUGUAAACACGCACUUAUCACUUGAAAUCCUUUGCUAUUGACUAACCAUGUCUUCAUUGUAGACACGAUAUUGGACGUAUCUAUGUUUUGUAGAGGCUGUUAAUUGUCGCUAACCUGGAAACUUACUUAUAAGCUUUGUAAUCUGCCUAGUCACUGACGUAUCAUAACAUUUACACCUUAGUCACAAUGUGCACUUAUGAAUACCUGUGUUAUUCAGGUUAGUCUGGUUGCACACUUAAGCACCAGCAGGAGGCGCUGUGGAGAAGGCUAUAAAAAAGGAAAUUAAUAUUAAAGGCGCCAUAACUGAUUCCUACUGUCUUAAAAACGUGAAAAACAGAACUAGUUCAUUUUAAACAGUUUGCAGUGGUCCAGAGUUAUUCCCCACUGACCUUAUGCAUUCAGAGCAUCAUAAUUAUUCACAGCCAUGAGUUUAUAAGCACUUUUCACAACUUUCAGAGACCAGAGAUUUGUUGUCAGAACUAGCAUGCUAAUACACACUUUCUGAUUUCUGCUACAUUUUCAAGUUGGAUUUUGGAUGUAGGGCAGUAGUUUUCAAAAGAUUUAACGUGAAAACCUUCAUCUUAUAAAAUAUUUUGCUUUCUCAGUGCUACCAGACUAAAAUGCACCCAAAGCCGGGUUAAAUGGUCACGUAAAGGAGUCUUAAAAAUGUGGAAAACAACUAGUUCAUUUUAAAUGGUUUGCAGAGGUCCAAAGUUAUUCCUCACUUUCAGAAAUGCUAUUUGAUAUUGUUUUAUUAUCAAACAAUAAAAUGUCAUGCUAAUUAUAAUUAGAUGCAGGAGGUGUACUUAUUUUUACCUCAAGAGUGCAAACAGGAAAAAAGCUGGCCCUUUAAUGUUACCAUUUUAAAAAUGUGUAAUUAUGGCAAAAAAAAUGUGUUUCUAAAAUAAUUUCUGCUAAACUUUCAAGUGAAAUUUUGGAUGUAGGCCAGUAGGUUUCAAAUGAUUUCACACUAAAAGUUUCAUUUAGAAAUAUUUCGCUCUUCAAGUGCCACCAAACUCAACCAGGACUAAAAUACACACAGACCAGGCGAAAUUAUCCCUUAAACAUGAAAAACUGGACCACUGCAAACUGAUUAAAAUGAACUAGUUCCGAGUUAUUCCUCACUCACCCUAUGCACUUUUCACAACUUUCAGAGACCAAGGCAGAGUUUUUCAUGAUGGUAAUUCUAACAAUUAGCAUGCUAAACACACACUUCCUGAUUAAC